AUGGGUGUGAUAACCAGUGCUGCUCAGAGUCAGUCAAUACAGGAGGCCAAACUGAAGGCCCUGGAGUGCCACUUCACGUGGGACAUCAACCUAAGCAGGACCAAACUUUUCCGUCUUAGGGACAAGCUGGAGGACAUCGGCACUGAGGAGGGAAACAGCUGGCUGGGUCACAUUUACAACCUGCAGGGGUACAUUCACUACCAGCUUGGCUUCACUGAAGAUGCCCGGUGUUUCUUCAGUAGGGCUGCAGAGGCCUUCUGCCAGUUGAGAAAAACUGUCUCAGAUGAAGGUCCCUGGUUGGUGGUAAACUACGGGAACCUGGCUUGGCUGCACCACCACCUGGGAGAACAAGCAGAGAGUCAGACUUACCUGUCAAAAGUCGAAACCCUGCUGAAAGAAUACCCAUCUCCAUCCCUGGACGAGCUCCAUCCAGAGAUCUACGCUGAAAAAGCCUGGACCCUGAUGAAGUUUGACAAAGACAAAAGGUUGCUGGUUGCAGAUUACUUCCAGAGAGCAAUCAGGAUUCAGCCCGACAUGGUGGAGUGGAACACCAGCCAUGUCAUAGCAUUAGUGAAUGUUCAAAAGUAUGGCAACACACCAGUGGGAGAAGACAUCCUGGAGGAAAUGAGAAUGGCCAAGGAACAGGAUCCAGAGAACUUGUACCUUGCUGUUCUCGACCUUGAGCAGCGUGCUAGGAAAGGAGAAAGAAUUGAAGAUGAAGCACAGGAGUUAGCCAGAAAGGUUUUGAAGAAUCCUGUCAGCAGCUACAGUGGUAUGAAAGAGUUAUUAUGGGUUUACAGAAAAUAUGUAUCUGUUGAUGAAGCUAUUGCUCUGGCAGAGGAAGCUCUGGAAAAACAUCCAGAUAAUUGUUUCCUGAAGACUUGUGCUGCACUCUGCUACAAAUGGAGGAUCGUUUUUCACAGUGACAGUCAGCUAAAGCAAAGCACAACAGACAGAGCAAUCAGUCUCCAUAAAGAAGUCAUUUCUCUUUACCCUCAUUCAUCACUUCUGAAGAAGAUAACCCUUGCAAAUAUAUACGCAAAGUCAAAUCACGACUUGGCUGAAGCUGAGCAGAUUUACCAGGAACUGCUAGAAAGCCAUCUGGAACCUGCAGACAAACAGAUGCUCUACAACUGCUACGCAAAAUACUUGCAGUUUGAUCGACGAGAUUACAACAGGUCAAUAGAAUAUCACAUGAAGGCGGCAGAAAUACCGCAACAAUCCUUCUUACGAUACAAUAGCAUCAAAGUUCUGAAGAAGAUUAAAAAAAGAAACAGGAGCCCAAUAUGUGGAGAAAUAGAGGAGUUCCUGGCCAAGCUGGAAGUCAAGAAAUCCUAA